UAGGGCCCCAACUUUAAAGGGGCCCCAUAAAAUGCAAAAAAUUUAAAUAUAAACAGAUAAAUGUAAAUUCUUUUUAUUUAUAUUUAAUUUUAAAAUAUGAAUGAAUGUAAAAAUCAAAUUAGGAAGAGCGCCUCGAUUUGGUAAAGGGUAAAUGCUUCCGGCGCGUUCCGGCUCAAUGACAUCGCUGGCAAGUGCAACGUCGUACCUCGUAAGGCUCGUACGUUGCAACGAAACGAAGUGUGAUUGUGGGAAGGAGGGCAAGUAGCUGAUAGUGCAAUUCGUCAAUGAGCCGCUGCUGCACGCGUUCGCGUGAAAUACAUUAUACAUAAAGUUAAAGUAAAGCCUAUAUUAAUUUAUACUGAGUUUUUCACAGUGCUGGAACUUCGAAAGUGCAAUUUAUUUUAUUAAAUAAACAUUCAAGGUGUCGGCAGUAUGAAAAGGUCAUAUGAAUCUGGAUCUGCCAAACGAAAAAAGCAAAAAGAACGCAUUGUGGAACAGGAGGCUCUUAGAAAUUCAAUGGCGUCAUUUUUAUCUAACUCCUCUGCUAUGACGAGAAAUCUCGACCCACCAUCUAGUACAAGUAUAUGUAUUCCUGUUCCGCAAAGGCAAAGGCAAAGUACUUCAGAAUGUGGAAACCGAAACACUAAAGAUGAAGACGACGACGACAUUAUCGCGAAUACCUUGCAUCAAGAAACUUCAAAUUCACGUCAUCAUGAGGAUACGGGCGAUACGGAUACGGGGAUAAUUGUGAACGACUUGAAGCUUGACGAUACUAGCCUCCAGUUAGGGGAUAUUGCGAAGUGGCCAACAGACAUUUCAGAAAAACUUAUUGGUGAAAUCUUGGAUAGUGUUCCUAAAAAUUUUGGAAAAAUUGAAAAUUUAAAAUCAUCCUACGUCGAUAAGGAAAAAGUAUAUACCAGAACUUUUCAAGAGUCAAACUUUUACACCAUCAAAUCAAAUGGGAUUAAGGAAAAACGUGAGUGGUUGAUAUUUUCAGACACUAGUAAAUCGGUGUAUUGUUUUGUUUGCAAACUUUUUUCACGUUCACGUGUUUCUUCCAAAAUGAUCGUAGGGUGCAAUGACUGGAAAAAUAUUUGUAGAAUAUUAACUGAUCACGAACGUUCCCAGGAGCACGUUAAAUCUAUGUGUUGUUACAAUAAACGACGUUUAUCGUCAGGCCGAAUUGAUGCUGAGCUGUGUAAACAGUUGAAGUCUGAAGAAAAUUAUUGGCGAGAAGUUUUAAAAAGAGUCGUUGCUACAGUUAAACUGUUGGGUUCGCUUGGAUUGGCAUUUCGGGGCACUAAUGACACCGUAGGGUCCCAAAAUAAAGGCAACUUUUUGACAUGUUUGGAAUAUUUGAGUCAGUUUGAUAAUUUUUUAAAAUCGCAUUUAGAAAAAUACGGAAAUUGCGGUAAAGGGAGUGUUAAUUAUCUAUCCCAUAGUAUCUGUGACGAAUUUAUUAAUUUAAUGGCUAAAAAAACAUUAGACGUAAUCUUGGAUGACAUUAGAAACGCGAUGUAUUUCUCACUUAGCGUAGAUUCUACACCUGAUAUAUCUCACGUAGAUCAAUUGGUUUUAAUCAUCAGAUAUUUAAACCAACACGGCGAGAUAAAAGAAAGAUUUUUGGGAAUCAUACCCAUAGAAGCACAUAACGCAGAACAUUUGGAAAAUGUAAUUUUAGGUGCUUUUAAAGAGUUUUCACUAGAUAUUACCAAAUUCCCGAAUUAA